AUGUUUUCUUUCUUUCUUUUUUUCUUUGCAGCCAAGUUCUCUUUCUUUUUUCUCUUCUUCCUUUCUUUCUUUCUUUCUUUCUUUCUUUCUUUCUUUCUUUUUUGUUUCUUUGCAACCAAGUUCUCUUUCUUUCUUUCUUUCUUUCUUUCUUUCUUUCUUUGCAGCACAGUUCCCUUUCUUUUUUUUCUUUUUUUGUUUUCUUUGCAGCCAAGUUCUCUUUCUUUUUUCUCUUCUUUCUUUCUUUCUUUCUUUCUUUCUUUCUUUCUUGCUUUCUUUCUUUCUUUGCAGCCAAGUUCUCUUUCUUUCUUUCUUUCUUUCUUUCUUUCUUUGCAGCACAAUUUCCUUUCUUCUUUUUGUUUUCAUUCUUUCUUCUUUGCAGCACAGUUCUCUUUCUUUCUUUGCUUUCUUCCUUCCUUUUCUUCUUUCUUUCUUCCUUCCUUUUCAUUUUUCUUUCUUUCUUUCUGUCUUUCUUAUUUUAUUUCCCUACUUUCACUUUCAUUUCAUCUGCUCCAUGACACCUCCCCCUCUCUUUCAUUUACCCCCUCUUUUCUUUAUCUUUCUUCACAUACGCUUUCCGUCUUUCUUAUACUAUUUUCUAGCAAUCAUUUCUAUAAAUCUCUCUUUCUGACUCUCUCUUACUCACUCACUCGCACUCUCACACUUUCUUUUUCUCUAUCAUACUUAUGA